AACCUAUGCCCCAGUCUCCAAGGCAGUGAUCCCGGACUGGCCGGAAGAGAAGGCGAAGCGUGUGGAAAUGGCAGAUCGGCAAAGACUAGACCCUCCAAAACAGACUCUUGACGACGCUUAUGCAGCCCCUGCGAACUUUUUAGAAGUAGAUGUGGUUAGUCCAGAGACCCACGGUGUCGGCAAGAAGCGUUAUACGGACUAUGAAGUCAGAAUGAGGGUAGGAAUACUGUAUAAUAAUUUUGGAAUUUGAACUCGUGUGUAUAUUAUCUUUCAAGAAGCUUUAGCAAGCCAACAUUAUUUGGAACAAAAAAUACUUUACGCCAGAAAAUAUCCACUAUUUUGUCGUAAUUUUCACGUAAAUAAAGACCUGUUUAUGCUAAUUAUUUAUGAUAAUCCUGUACAUAAAAGUGUGUAUUUCAUAAAUUUAAAGUGAUUUAAAUUAAUGUUCCAUGUUUCAAUUUACUCAAUUGUGCUGAUUUCGUCAUGCUUUUAAUCCUUGAUUAAUUGAGGUGUAAAAUGUGAAAUCAUUUAUGUUUAAGGUGCCUGAUUGUUAUUUGUUUUGUCUUGUUAGCAAAUAUUUACAUCAAUAUAACAUACAUGUUUCUUUUAAAGUACAUAUGACAUCCUAUUACAUGGUACUAUUUAAUAUCUAAAGUAGAUUCCCCCUUUGCAGAGAGUGCAAAUGUCCUCCCUAGGCUGAAGAAUGUGUCGGUUAUAUGCAAGUAAUUCAAUUAAUUCUAUGUUUAGUCAAACCUACCUAUAUUCAAAUUAAAGAACUCGUCAGUUCGUCGACGUUACAGUGACUUUGAAUGGUUGAAAGCUGAACUCGAGAGAGAUAGUAAGGUAUAAAAUAGCUUUCUCAAAAAUGCAAUAAAAAGAUUAAAAGAUUAAAGUUGUGCAAAUAAUAAAGCUCACAAAAUUUACACAUGCAAAAUUAAAUACCCCGAUCAAAAAUUUGAAUCGUAAAAUUCUUGACAAGUAUGAUCAACAGCAUGUACUGUACAGCUCAUAUAUCGACAUAAAUAACAAAUGAUUUAAUAAUAGUAUUAAGCUACAAUCCGCAUUUUGUCUUGUUGCCGGCAAUAAAGAUGAGUAAAAACCAGGCCUCGAAUUUCCCUGAAAUCAAUCGACGGCAAUGGCGUUAAGAAUUGCCGUGGAACGUAACAGCUGUCUACGGCAAUUUUGGCAGUUUCCACGGCAUUUUGAGACUAAAAUAGUGAUUUACACAUGAUUUGAUCAACAUCUGAAUUCAAGUAUCAAAGAUAAAAAUUGCACUAUACGGCAAAAAAUUGCCGUCGUUGCCGCAAUGAUCCACAGCAUUUUGUUCUCCCUCUACGGCAAUUGCUGCGAUAAAAUUUGAGCCCUGGUAAAAACAUUAUGGACUACCAUAUAGAUAGUAAUAUACUUCUUUCAAAAGUAAUGUAGUUCAGAUUUUUAUAGAAAUAAAAUGUUUGGUCAGAAAGCUUUCGUGAAAUUUAAUCGGCCGUUUUUCUAUUUUCCCAUUUCAAAAUCGCGAAAAUGAAGUCUAGCAAAAUAUUGUCUUGGAAAAGUCACAAAAUUAAGUAUGUGUGAAAUUAAGUACAAAUAAGGUAUAAAGGUUAGGAUUUUUUAUUGCUUAAAAAGUAACUAGAUUUAAUGAUUUUCUAUCUUAGAUUGUGGUACCACCUCUGCCUGGCAAAGCCUUGAAGAGAAUGCUACCAUUUCGAGGCGAUGAUGGUUAGUGAGUCACAUGUAUAUACUCCUAUUCCUGCAGUGACGACGGUUAUUUUUGAUCAAUCAUUGUUUCAUGUUAUUUAUUUCAGGGAUAUUUGAAGACGAGUUUAUUGAGGAAAGAAGACAGGGGCUGGAGGCAUUUGUAAACAGGUAACUAGAAAUUAAGUUUAAACAACAAUAUUGUCGAAUUUCACUGCAGUGUUGGGCUCAUCUGCAAGGAGGGGUGCAGGUUUUCCAUGGGGUGGUGUAUGAGGGAGCCUUACAGCCCACUCUCUUCUGCAGUCUGCAAUGCUACUAUCUCAACAUUACCAUUAUUUGAGAUGGCUGAAUCUGCUUGUUUGCCAGUCUGUUAUGUUUAUCUUUUGUUUAUAAAGUUUAUAAAGCCUUUUUACCACACAGUAUAGUAAAUAUGCUUGUUAACAUUUGAAAAUAUGGCUGUAUAACAAGGCCAAAAAAAAAAAUAUGUGGGUUUCCGGUUUCCCGACCCUACCUAGCUUUUGGACGUCGAAAUGCCGACCCUAAACUUUUUUAUUGGAUCACGCUUGUAAGUGUUUCCACUUAGAGGAAAAAGUUUGUGGAAAAUUGAAAUUUGAGGCAAUAUUAGGGAAAUUUAUCUUUGGAUGUGGAAGCACCGACUAAACAAAAUGGCGUCCGGUUGUUCGGAAAAUUAAAAAAAAAGUUUAAAAAAAAAGUUAAAACCGACCUACCCUACCUAAGUUUUUAUAAGAAGAAACCGGAAACCCACAUAUUUUUUUUUUGGCCCAACCUUGACAUGUUUACAUAUUUAACCAUGAUAUUUAAAUUCUGAGUAUUUUCUCGUGAGCUCACAAAUCAAUUAAAUUGUUUCAAGAAAUCGACACACGCUAACAGUAGAAGAUCCGCUAAUCACUUUUCAAAAAGCAGAAAAUGUAUAGUCUAGGAGAUUUGAUUUUUUUAGAGUGGUGCUGGACUUCUCUAGGGGGAUGUUAGACACCAUUAGGUGGGGUGUGCACUCCCUACACACCUGGUAGAUCUGCCCCUGGGUAAUUCCCACAAGCAUAAGAAUGAGACCCAUGUGCACUGGUAAUAAAUUAAAAAUCAUAUAAAUUACAAUAAUUGAAAUCUUUCAGGAUUGCAGGCCAUCCAUUAGCACAGAAUGAGAAAUGCUUACACAUGUUUUUACAAGAUUCAACGAUUGACAAGAAUUAUACACCAGGAAAGGUUCGCCACACAUGACAAGAUCUGAAUAAAUAAUUAGAUUAAAUUCCUUUCAUAAUGCUUGUGACUUUACAUUUGCUUUAUGACAGUUCAAUGAAAUUUGAACUAUAUAAUAUCCUCUGCAAAAAAUGAGGUUGAGUAAUAAAAUACAUGUUCAUUGUCUAGGCUAUUACAUAUGUAAAGGACCACAAAAUGCUGGUCAUAAUAUCAACAUUUUUUCCAAUUGAAAAAUUUUGUAUGUGCAUGGUUUAAAAUCACACACAAGAAACACAAAUAAUUUUUUGAAAUGUGAAGUACAUGGAUUCUAACUUGUGUGCUUUGUUUUUUCUCGACUGUCUUAUUGCUCAACCUGUCAAAGCAUGCAGCACCAUAAUUCAGUAAAUGCUUGUUAUACCAAAUAUGCUGUAUAUAACAGGAUACACAGUUACUAAAAAUUAAACAUGGUUUGAAAGUCAUAGAUUACGUUCCAGUUUGUAUACUUUAAAGCAGAUUUACACUACACAACGUUUACCUAAAACUAUCGCAUGCAACCUGCUUACAACUUGAAUUGUACUGUGUAAAUCAAACACACAACAUGUCUACUUGCAACAGUUUUGGUGACAGUUUUAGGUGAAACAAAAUUCAGGCCAAUGAUUUACUAGAUACCGCGUUGAAUGCUGUUAACAUAUGGCUAUGUAGCUCUUUGAAAUUUGAACUUCCAAACCAUGUUUAAACUGUACUUUGGCUGUACUUUGUCCUGCAUAUAGACUGGUCCCGACAUUAUUGUAUCUAAAAUUUCUUUUUCAUUAAAUAUUAUAUUCCUGAG